AUAACUUUGAAAAAAUCGAUGGUAAUAUGUAUUUUCCUAACGAACAACUUCCACCUGUUGAUGUAUAUGAUUAUAAUACUGUGUUUUACGAUGAUAAUGGCUGCGAAGUUUUCUAUCAUUUGUAUCUACCAGAAUACAAUAAUGAUAUUACAUACGAAAUGCCUUAUUACGAAAUCCCAUGCCAGGAGAAACAAGGUGAAAAGGAAAAGGUUAUGAUCGAUACACGUGAAGAGAAAUUGGAGAAGGAAAAUGAAAAGUUACAAAAGAAAAUCGAGAUUCUUGAAAAUGAUAUUGAGAAAAAGGACAAGAAUAAUGAUAAACAGGCCAAUUAUAUU